CACUUCCUGUCCCACAGUACAUGUGCGCUGGAUGCUCUGCGGUCUAUAUCUCGCUGUUUGCCCUCUGUCGACUUCCUGUAUCUGCAAACGUACGCAGUGUUUGAGUGUCGCGCGGACGAAAAAAAGGCGCGCUCGGAACCGCAAUGCUGCGCGUGAAGAGCCGCAUUCAGUUCUCCUCGCUGGGCAUCGCCGCCACGCGCCUCUUUGCGUCGGGAGCCCCGGCGAACCCGGUCGUUUAUUUUGACAUCGCGGCGGACAACCAGCCGCUGGGCAGGGUCACCUUCCAGCUGAAUGCAGACGUGGUUCCCAAAACAGCAGAGAACUUUCGAGCCCUUUGCACAGGAGAACAUGGCUUUGGGUACAGAGGAUCUACGUUCCACAGAGUGAUCCCUCGCUUCAUGUGCCAGGGAGGAGAUUUUACUAAUCACAAUGGAACUGGAGGAAAGUCCAUCUAUGGACCUAGAUUCCCUGAUGAGAACUUCAAGUUGAAGCACACAGGGCCAGGUGUCUUGUCAAUGGCGAAUGCUGGUCCAAAUAGCAAUGGAUCUCAGUUCUUCAUUUGCACCACGAAGACUGAAUGGCUGGACGGCAGGCAUGUCGUGUUUGGCCACGUGAAGGAGGGAAUGGACGUGAUCUCCAAAGUGGAGUCAUACGGCUCCCAGUCUGGGAGCACCUCCAAAAGGAUCACCAUCGCAGACUGCGGAGAGCUAAAGUAAUUGUGUGUCGUGUCCUCAGCAGACUUACACCUACUGUGAAUGCAGAAAAAGGCGGUUUUACCACAUGAACAGGAUCAAAUGCUUAAACUGGACUCUGAUCAUUCCCAUCAGGAGGGAAAGAAAAUUGUACCUCUUCUUAUUUUCUACCUUCAUAAGUCUGUUAGUUUAAAAAUGAUUGAUUAAUAAUGCACCUGGAAGUUUGCACUUAACUGUAAAAUUGAUUGAGGUCUCGACGGUCAGUUCCGUUUGCUUCCUGGAAUGUCAGCUGUGUGUGUCGUCCUCUUUACCGUGGGCUGUUCUUAUUCAUAUUUUACCUUGUUUUCAAUUGGCUUUGAAAGAUUGAGUUCGGUAUAAAAUGUUCUAUCAUUUCAUAAAUCUGUGGUGCUAAUAAAGGGGUCCUGUUGACGAAUCAUGUCACGAAUACUCUUUAAUGUCUUCUGUACCUGCAUGCUCAGUAAUUAAUAGGACUUCAUGGGAGGCUGAAGUGGUUCAUAUGUAAGUGUAUCCAUCUUCCAUUUUUUUCUUUAUGUUGACUUGUCUCAACUUGAAUAAAAUAUUGUUUCUUAAAAAGGAAAAACCACUAAAAUAUGUCUUAAUGACUAACGCAAAUACAGUGUGAUAAAUGUGUAAAAAAAGAAAAGCACGAAAACAAAAUGCUCUUAACAAGCAAGAAAUUGAAAAAAUUGUCACAAAGGAAGAAUACAGCAAUAUUUGGAAUUAAAGUGAGGCCAGUGUUAUAUUAUCACACUGUGUUGGAGUUCCAUUUUGGUAAUAUCUAAAGAAUUGUGCCCUGUAUAAAUAUACUGAAACAUACCAGUCAUGGGAUCUUGUGUAUUUCUGUUAGGCUCUACCCCCCUGUGGGUAACUUUUUUUUUUUUUUUUGGGGUUAAAUUUGUAGUGUUUACAAUUCUAUUUUGACUGUGACCUCAAUGCUGUUAUACUACUGCAUAUUAUUGCCUGUUGAUUAAACAUAUUUUUGAGACAUGACUAUCCCAGCAUGCUUCAUUUCCUUUGCAGGCAAUGUGGUGUCGUCUUGUAUAACUCUAAUACCACGGUCAAAAGAAGGCGCUUUGGAACAGGA